UUCCUUAAAGUCAUUUUGCUUCAAUCUCACCCACUCUUCUAUCCUUCGCCCCCUCAAAAUCGCCCGAUCUACUUUCCCUAAGGUCAGGGCUGAAGACUAGUCCCCCAAUUCAUCGCCAUGGAUUUCUCGUUUCGAAUAGCCAAUAAAUCCUUUGACUUUUUAAUCUUUGUUAUAUUAUCAACUCUAUUAACAACGAUCCACGCUUCAAUCCACAUCUACCAGAAUCAACUCUUCAAUGAGGUCGGCAAUGCUUACCUUCUUCCCGGCGGCAGCGAAGGACUCUACGCUUCUCUCUCCUCCGACGACUCCGCCACCGACGGCCGCUCUUUUAUUCGAUUUGAAAAUAUCACAUUUUGGAGGACUCAAGAUGCUGCAGAUGAACAAUCCGAGAUGGAACAUAGUACUGGGUUGAUACAGGCGGUGAUUUUCGAGGCUGCUGAUAGAAACAAUAUUGGUGGUUCAGCUUAUGGUGGACAAAGGUCGAUAUGUUGCACCCCUGACCUUGCUAAGCUAGAAGGUUGCAAGCAAGGUGAAGUCAUUAGGAUACCUUCGGCAACAGAGAUUAAUUGGCCAAUGGUUUUAAGUAUACAGUUCAAUGGGAAUGAUUUAUCGACACAAAUGAACAAUGCCGAGGUUCCCAUCAAGAAAACUGGGAUGCAUAAUUUGUUUUUUAUUGCAUGUGAUCCGAAACUCAAGGGAACAGUAAUGAGUGGAAAGACUGUAUGGAAGAAUCCUGAUGGUUAUUUGCCUGGCAGAAUGGCUCCAUUGAUGACGUUCUAUGUGUACAUGGCAAUUGCUUAUUUGUUGCUUAGUGCCAUUUGGUUCUCCCAAUACAUGAGGUUUUGGGAAGAUAUCCUUCAACUUCAGCAUUGCAUUGCCGCAGUCAUUGGUCUUGGCUUGUUUGAAAUGAUAUUGUGGUAUCUUGAUUAUUCUAAUUUUAACAAAACAGGAAUGAGACCUGUUGUAACUACAGCUUGGGUUGUAACAGUUGGAGCUAUAAAGAAAACACUUUCUCGACUUCUCAUACUUUCAGUUUCUAUGGGCUAUGGUGUCGUACGCCCAACUUUAGGUGGUCUUACCUCGAAGGUGCUUCUUAUUGGAGCUACGUAUUUUGUGGCAUCUGAAUUGCUUGACAUUACCGAGCACGUAGGGACCAUCAAUGACGUAUCAGGAAGAGCAAGACUCUUCCUAGGCCUUCCCGAUGCAUUCCUUGAUGCAUUCUUGAUAUUGUGGAUCUUUACAUCUCUUUCCAAAACACUAGAGCAGUUACAGGCAAAGAGAAUAUCAGUGAAGUUGGACAUCUAUAGGAAAUUCUCAAAUGCAUUAGCUGUGGCAGUGAUUGCUUCUGUUGCAUGGAUAACUUAUGAGAUAUACUUCAAAGCAACUGAUCCAUUCAAUGAGAGGUGGCAAAGUGCUUGGAUCAUCACAGCUUUCUGGGACAUACUUUCGUUUGCACUACUCUGUGUUAUUUGCUACCUUUGGGCACCAUCUCAAAGCUCCCAACGAUAUGCAUACUCGGAAGAUGUGGGGGAGGAAUUCGAUGAUGAAGAAGCUCAAUCUCUAACUAGGGGGCAAUCGAACGGCGAUGUGAGUUUAGUCAAGCAGGAGCAAAAGAAUGGAAAUGCUGGUAUCUCCGAUGAGGAAGAUGAAUCUGAAGAGGAUAAAAGGGAGUAAAAUCCAUCGCCGGAACAUGUUUUCUAUCAAACCAACUUUUGAGCGCAUCCCACGUGAAGAUAAGCGUGUUAUCCUCAGAGCAAUGGUUUUUCGAAUCUGAUAACUUAAUAUUUUGACUUAUGUCUAUGUCUUCUGCUGUAGGUAAGAGAGAACUAGUAGUUUACAUCAUAUUUUGUCCAUAUUUUGUAGUGUUCUUCAAUUGUACAUGUGAAAAAAGGGGGGCUUGGAUGGUCAAGCAUUCUAGUUUAGAGAAUAAAACAGGUAAAAAUUAAAACGGCAUCGUUAUAUCUCAUAUCUUGAUGCAUUUGUUUUGGUGUUGUAAUCUUUAAUGUUUUUUCUUUAUUGUAAAAUAUAUUAGGUGUAUGAUUUGAAAGUUUGCUUAA